AUGGCGUCCAAAAUCUUCCUACGUCGUUUUUCUUCUUCUCCUUCUUCAUUCAAAAAACCAGGUAGAGCGAUUACAACUAUACCACAAGAUUCAGUACAUAACGUUGAGGAGGUAGCGAGGCUUGAUAAAUUCCUUCAAAAAGAUUGUAAACAAGGUAAUAUCAGUCUUCAUGAAGCACGCUAUUUCUUUUCUUUAAUGAUUCAUAUGCAACCCAAACCACCAAUUUCAUCUUUCAAUCAGUUGUUUGGAAGUCUUGCUGAGAAGAAGUUUUAUGAAGACGUCAUUUUGCUUUACAAGCGAGGGGAUUCAAUGGGGUUGUUGCCUGAUCUUUUUACUUUGAAUACUUUGAUUAAUUGCCUUUGUAAUGUGGGUCGAGUUUGUGAUGGUUUUGUUGCUUUUGGGAGGAUUUUGAGGGAGGGUUUUAGCCCAGAUGGUGUGACUUUGACUUCUUUGAUUAAAGGUUUGCUUUUGGAGAAUGGGAGUUCGGAGGCUACGGAGAUGUUCCACAAAAUGGUUGUGUUUGGGGUCAGGCCUGAUAUUGUUUCUUAUGGUAGUAUUAUCCAUGGUCUUUGUGAAGAUGGGUUGGUGGACAAGGCGAAAGAACUGUUUCUGGACAUGAAGGAUAAGGGAAUUAAGCCAGAUGUGGCUGUGUUUAACUCUCUAAUUUCGGGCUGGUGUCUUGUGGGAAAUUUGGAGGAGGCUGAAGGCUUGUUUAAUGAGAUAGAAUACCAAGGUUUGCAGCGUAAUUUACUGAGUUAUAAUACAAUGAUAAGUGGGUUUUGCAAGAAGAAGAAGAUGAAGGAAGCUGCUCGAUUGUUUGAAUUGAUGAUCUUUAGAGGUUUGCAACCAGACACAGAUAUUUAUAAUACUUUGAUUGAUGGUUAUUGCUUGCUGACAAGAGAUGAUCCUAUACCAGAUCGUCAUAAAUUUGAUGAGCCAAUCUAUCUGCUGGACCAUAUGGAGAGUAUGGGUUGUAAGCCUAACGUUGACAGUUAUAAUAUUAUGAUCGACACCAUUAGCAAGGAUGAAGACGAGGAAGAGGAAGCUAUGUUUCUGUACAAGAAAAUGAUUUUAAUGGAAAUUAGACCAACAGCAUUUACAUAUAACGCCUUGUUAAGUAGAUAUUUUCGAUUAAAUAAGGUUCUAACUGCACAGAAACUAUUUGAUGAGAUGAAACUUUAUAAUGUCGCUCCUGAUUCAUUUACAUUUAGUGUUUUGAUUGAUGGUCUAUCGAAGAAUGACCGUGUUCUGGAGGCAGCAACUUGGUUUCGUACUUUGGAGUAUUAUGAUUUUAAGAUUGAUAUUGGAGUCAUCAACUGCCUCAUUGAUGGACUGUGUAAAAAGGGAAUGAUCGAAAUUGCUUGGGAGAUAUUCCAGAAGUCGCCUCAAAGAGGCAUAAUGCCAAAUGUUGUGACAUAUUCCAUCUUGAUCCAUGAGUUUGUUCGAGAAGAGAAACUACAAGAGGCGUAUGAUUUGUUAUCGGAUAUGGUAAAAAAAGGUUUUGCUCCAAACGUUGUUACAUUCAAUAUUCUGAUGCAAGGUUUCUUAGAAAACAAUGAGGAAGCUAAAGCGGUUGAACUUCUUCACAAAAUGAAGGACAGAAAUGUGAUGCCAAAUGAUUACACAUUGUCCAUGGUCACAGAUCUAGUUUCAAAGGAUAAACAAUUAUUGAAGUUGAUUCCUCAGUUCCCUCCUCAAAAGUGCUGA